AUGGACGGGGAAACGUCGACUCCGUGGUGCGAUGAUGUGUCUUGCAGUGGUUUUAAUGGGAGGACAUAUGCUGAUGAGGUGUUCAUGGGAGAGUCGCAAAGUGGAUCAUCGUUUCUAUCGCCCAAGCACAGUCACGCAGUGUGGAAACGGCGGAGAAGGGCCUACUUCGAUCCUUCAACAACAAACGAAGGGAAGGAGGUUAGGGCUUUGGGGAGGCGGUUGAGUCUGUUGGACUCUCCAAUGAGGGCGUACAUGGACUUUCGUCUCGCCUUCGGUGAGGAGAUGGCGAUGAGUUCGCAUAUACUGGCUAGCAGGAGGCGUUUGUCGAAAAACAUAUCUGCUAGUCCCAGCACGCUUUUUGGUCCAAGUGAAUCGGAUGUCCCGGUGUCGGUGAGCAAGAAGAAGCAGCACGAAGAUGUAGUGAAUGGCCUCAAUGAAAGGUGUUAUAUGAGUCUGUUUGAACGUGUGAUUGCAGAAGUGGAGCGGUUUGUAAUGUGCGGGGAGGCAACACCUCCGUUGGUGCAAGCGGCAUUAUCUAAUCGUUUCCUUGGUGUGGGUUGCGAGGACAAGGCGGCGAAUCUAGAUUUGGUGGAUCAGACUUUU